CGCGCCCGCGCGCCCCGCCCGCGACUUGCCGCGAGAUUCAAACUGCCGCGGCGAUGUCAUAGCGCCAACAUGAUGCCCUUCAGAAUAAUGUUCCGAAUGAUCCAAAUCGUACUUUUCGUGCUAGUUAUCCUGUACUUUAACUCCGCCAUGAGUGGUCAACUGAGAGACAAUAAUAAAGGUGAAAAAGUCCCCAUAGGUGUUGUGUUCGACCAAAAUACAGAAGAGAUCCAGAAUGCGUUCAAAUUCGCGAUAAUGCAGCAUUCCACAGUCAACAAGACAUCGAAGUUGGACUUCCAGCUGUAUGUGGACGUUAUCAACACCGCUGAUGCUUUUAAACUCUCCAGGCUAAUCUGUAACCAGUUCGCCCGCGGUGUCAUCGCGUUCCUGGGGGCGGUCACCCCCGAUUCCUUCGACACGUUGCAUUCGUACACCAACACCUUCCAGAUGCCUUUCGUCACACCCUGGUUCCCUGAAAAGGUUAUCCCUCCGUCGUCCGGGCUCAUCGACUACGCCGUGAGCAUGCGGCCCGACUACCACCGCGCCGUCAUAGAUACCAUCACACACUACGGCUGGAAACACGUCAUCUACAUAUACGAUUCACACGACGGUUUACUGCGUCUACAGCAACUGUACCAGAGUCUGCAGCCGGGAAACGCCACGUUCCGCAUAUCGAACGUCAAGAGAGUGAACAACGCCAGCGACGUGGUGGCAUUCCUUGCUGCGCUCGAGCGGCUCGACCGCUGGAGUAACAAAUAUGUCGUCCUAGACUCCACCACGCAGCUCGCCAAAGAAGCCCUCAUUCAACACGUGCGAGACGUACAGCUCGGCCGCCGGAAUUACCAUUACUUUUUAAGCGGAUUAGUGAUGGAUGACCGCUGGGAAAAGGAAGUCGCUGAAUUUGGCGCUAUAAAUAUUACUGGAUUUAGAGUCCUGGAUUUUUCUAGGAAAAUGGUUCGUGAUUUCAUCGAUGAAUGGAAACGGACUUCAAUAUCGGCUCAGGCGGCGCUGACGUACGAUGCAGUACAAGUGUUGGUGGAUGCCAUCUUGCGACUCCUCCGCAAAAAGCCCGACAUAUUCAAGACCCAGAUCCGACGCAACGCUAACGUAAAUGCAAGUCGCAUGUUGGACUGCAACCCUAAAGGAGACAAGAUUAUGCCAUAUGAACACGGAGACAAAAUAUCUAGAAUGAUCAAAAAGACGGAGAUAGAUGGCUUGACGGGCGUCGUGAGGUUUAAUGAGGAGGGCCACCGCAAGAAUUUCUCCCUGCAAGUCAUGGAGAUGACUGUUGAAGGGGAAAUGAUUAAGAUCGCAACUUGGUACGACAACAAAGGCUUUGUGCCGGUGGUGCCAAAGCUGCCGGGCCCAAGUAUUCCGGGAGUAUACAACAGGAACAAGACCUAUAUAGUGUCCACCAUAGAAGAGCCGCCCUACAUAAUGCGUGUAAACUCGGACCACGCGGAAUUCACGCCUAACGAUCCGUACAAGGGGUUCUGCGUUGACCUCGCCAAAAUGUUAUCGGAUAAGUUGGAAAUCAAGUAUGAAAUUAGAUUUGUUAAAGAUGGCAAAUAUGGAAGUGAAAAUCCUAAAAUGAUAGGUGGAUGGGAUGGAAUGAUCGGUGAAAUACUACGAAAAGAAGUCGACAUGGCCAUAGCUCCUCUCACAGUCACAGUUGGGAGAGAAACAGUAGUCGAUUUCAGCAAACCAUUUUUGUCGUUUGACGUUAAACCGAGUCUUAAGAAUAUAGCAGAUGACCCCGGCGCUAUUUUCAGCUUCCUUGAUCCACUCUCAACUGAAGUUUGGCUCUGCCUGAUGUUCAGCGUGUUGGCCGUGACUGUAGUAUUGUUUAUUGUGUCAAGAUUUUCACCAUAUGAAUGGCGAGUUGUAUCCUACACGGAUACUCAAUCUUCCGAGCACGCUGAAGUUGCGACUACUAAGACUACGGUCGUCAACGAGUUCAGCUUUUGGAAUUCUAUGUGGUUCUCAGUGGGCUCCUUUAUGCAGCAGGGCAGCGACAUUACGCCGAGAUCGGUGUCUGGCAGGAUUGUAGGAACAGUUUGGUGGUUUUUCACGUUUAUUGUAAUAUCUUCGUACACGGCCAGCCUCGCUUCGUAUCUCACGCUACAACGCAUAGCCGAGCCUCCUCAGACGUACAGCAAAGUGGCAGCUUGCCCCGAGGACACUUCUGAAGGGAUAAGGAGCAUUGCUAUACCUCGUACUCGCCACAGUUGGCUAAGUAUUUUACUUGAUCAUUCUUCUGCUGAUGACGACGCUGACAAACCAUGCGAGAUGUUGGUCACCGUAGCUAACUCUGGUGUAAAAGACUUUGCAGUAGCUUUACAAAAGGGAUCAGAACUACGGGAUGGCAUCAAUCUAGCACUGCAAUCUCUAAAAGACGACGGUGAACUUCAAAAACUCAUUCGGAAAUGGUUUACUAAAGCGGAGUGUGAUGUCGCUGAAAAGAAUGGACAAGUGAGUGAACUGACUUUGGGUCAAGUGGCCGGUCUAUUCUACGUGCUGGUGGGUGGUCUGGCGCUGGCGCUGGGCGUGGCCCUGCUGGAGUUCUGCCAGCACGGGCGCGCGGAGGCGGCGCGCGCCAACGUGCCGCUGCGCGCCGCGCUGUCCGCCAAGGCGCGCCUCGCCUCGCGCGCCGACCACAAGCCCUCGCAUGCUCACACGCACUCCCGGCAGAUGCAGCGCGAACACGAACGACUUGGGUGGAAUGGAGGAGCCUAUGCUGGAUACUACACGCCCGCAAACCAGAUCGGCCAGGAGGAAACGGCGUUGCAUGCAAGUUUCACGCAAGUGUGAUCCGCGGCGCGGGAGGCCGGCCCUGCGUGCCGCGCCUCCCACUCCAAGCAGUCCUCCAACGUGGAUCUCUACCAGCUGUAGGGACAAGGACCAGUAGCGAGCUUAACCUGCACCUGCUCGCAACAUAAAGGCUCACGAGCAAUAUUCCUUUGAUGACUCAAAAAAGUCGCCAUAAACAGACUGCACUAGACAACUUGGAGUGCAUCCGUACGGAGCAUUUUUUAGUAGCCCUUACACAAUGUCACUCAUUCUCAUGCCAUGCCAGACUUCGUGGCUUACAGAGGUCUAGUAUAUUUAUGUACAUAUAUUUCAAAGGGUCGGUUGCACCAAACUGUCUGUACCGAAUUUAGCUUUCGCUAUUUUUUUGUAUUGGAGUUUUCAUAGACUUCUUCUGCGUGACGUUGACUCUAUUAACUUUGGUUGAUGCAGCUAGCCCUAAAUGGUGAUUAUUCAUUCCCACAUAAGUGUAACAGGUGUCAUGCGAUGGAUUCUCAAAGUAAUCUUUCCUUACUUCGAAGCUUUACGACACUGGUAAUUUUGAGUUUUUUGUUUAACCAAUAUCAUUAAAACUAGCAUAGUGAAUUUGUAACUCAAUAAUGGUAAUAUAAAUUCCAUUUGGGAUACUUUAUCUAGCCAUCUAUACAUUUGAGAUUGUAAUUCCCGUCCCGUUUAUUUCCAAAAACGCCUGGCGGUUUUAACCGAGUAGAUAAAUAUCAGGGUCUUAAUAAUUACGUAGUACCUAAGUAACUUUUUCAAUCAGCUAUAUGUAUUAUUUUGUAUUCAAUAAUUGUCAAGUUAUUGCAGGUAGUAGCAGAUAACCGUUAAUGAAGGUGAGUUAUCGCGGCGGCGGCACGUUGCCGCGAUAAUUACCUUCUCGUUUUUACUGAAAACAAUCUGAGAUAAAAUUACUCUUUAUUAGUAUUACGAAUUCUUUAAUAGUCAUUUUUAUUACAAUAUCAUUCUUAGAGAUUUAAGAAAUAUAAUCAAAUUACACAGCCAUAAUAGUAGUAAGAAGUCGUCAUAGAUGUUAGGUAUACUUAAACAAAAAUAUUGGUGUACCUCUGGUGUAUCUCCUUUCUAUGCGUCACAUUUUUACUGCCAUAUAAUUAUGUAUUUAUGUUUACCUACUGAUAAUGAACUUUUAACUGUUUAUAAUUUUUAGAUACUUGAAUAUAAAAUAAGUUAAACAUUUUUUUUCGUCAGUCUGUGAAAAUUUGAUCUAAGAAACCUCUGGCAGCAUUCGUAUAUUUUAAAAAGUGCGCUUUGAAAGAAAAAUGAAGGUGGUAAGAUGGAAUUCUAAAAUUGUAAGAUAGCGGAAUUGCGUUCUUAUUUAUUAAUACACGAGGACGUCUUAUUAUGUUACUCACCUAAGUAGAUAUUUCUUUAUAGUGAUAGAACGGUCCUCGUGUAUUACUAAGUGGCGAUCGUAGAUGUGUGAUAAAUGAUAAUUUUAUCAUUAGGUUAGGUAGUCAACGAAUGUUUUACAUUCAUGCAUAAAAAAAUCUUUUGUAUAGGUAUCUUUGUACAAAUGUUGAAACAAACUAAAGUAUAACUAUUAUUUGGAGUUUAAAAUAUAAAAUUACUAAAUAAAAAGGUACUUAAAUUAUACGAUUCGGGUUUUUUUUUAAAUCCGAGCAUUCGAUUUAAUCAUUCGAAAGUCUGCGGAAACGGCAAAAUCCGAAAUGAUAUAGGUACAUAGGUACACUAGCAGAAUUGUUUAUUAUAGUAAAUAUAUUAUUCAACACGAAAUCGAGCAGUUGAAUUUCAAAAAUAGGCCUCCUGCUGACUGGCCGCUGUAGUGAUAAAGAAGCCAGAAUUGCGUAAAAAAUCAAGUAGUAAAAUUGUCAUAUCAAAUAAUGAUAACAUACGUGGCAUAAUCAUACGUGGAGGUGUUUUUUUUUUAAUUAAUGGUAAUUUCCUAACUGAAUAGCUUAACAUAUUAAGCAUCCGUCCCAUUAAAAUGCUUAAUAGGUACUUAAUAGGACCUGUCUUUGAUUAGAAAUUUUACAGUACUACCGCACGUUCAUAGCUUUCGUCCGUUUUAUCGGACAUUGGAGGUACGAAUAGUAGUUUGGUUGGAUACCGGAUAUUCUGCCACUGCAACUGCCCGAUCUCCGGUCUUAAUUUUUUUGCCUAAAUGAUGUAAAUUUGAUUGCUCACGGGCGCAAUUGGCGGUGCAGGUUUAACGUUUCAUUGAAGAAGAGCAGAUAGAAAAUGAACUUUCUUCACUUAAUAUUUGUAUCAGUCUUCACCGAAGAGCUGGCAUAGGCCGUAUACCGGAAAUACGUUGAAUCUCUAGUAAAAAGUGUUGUUUGGUUGCAGCUAAAAUACGUGAAGUGAAAACUGAAAGUGUUAAAAUUAAUGAAGGGGCUAUUUAAUAUUAUUAAUUGGUUGUGAUAUUACAGAAAUAAUUUAAUAUAUCUCGCCUGUUUCAAGUACUUUACGGUUUUACAUUAUUACUUAGUUCUGGUAAUUUUAUCCGCAUUUCAAAUAGGAUGGAAACAUACUCAUACUUAAUAGGUACCUACAUUGCGAAUUCCGAUUCUACAUAUUAUGAAAUUAAUUUUGAAAUAGUUUUUUCAAUAAAGUCAAUCUAAAAGUUAAUUAAUGUUAGUUCGAGGUUUACAAAACUAGUAGAUUAUUAUUCGGCCAGACUUAGUUUGACCGUGAGUGGGAUGGCUGACCGCGCUACAUCCGUCCGUCAGUAGAACAUUUGAUUCAAACGACUCGGAGGGUGUUUAAUUAAAUUAUAUUGAAAACCGACUCUGCAACAUUUGGCACUUUUGUUGAGGCAGGAAUUCGUAUCCGGGAUAUUGCUGAUUUUCUUUGACUGUCAUAUACAUAUACAAUUUAUAGAAAAUAACAUGUUUAAUAUGAAAAAAAAAAAACAUUUACAGCCUGACAGAAGAGAAGAAAAUAAUAGGGACGCCACCGUCUAUGUA